AUGGUGGACGUCAUGGGGAUGUUCUUCACCGCGCCCGUCAUGGUGCCCUAUGGCCAACAACUCGGCGCCUCGACCGCGGAGAUCGCUGGCUUCACCACGGUCCGGUUCGGCUUGGCAGUGGUGUCUUUGAUGUGGAUGCCCAGACUGGCGGACACCAAGGGCGUGAAGCUGUGCCUCUUGAUCUCCGUCUUGGGGACAGCCGUCGCCUAUGGGCUCCAGGGCAACGCCUACCUCUUCAGCCAAUGUGAACGACAACUUCAUUCCAUAGGGGCCGGAGAUCAGAUGAACCUUUGGGAGGGGCACAUGUGCACAGUGGUGAACGGGACCGUCAGCAUUGCAGGAAACAGCACCAACAGCGUUGCGACCGCCGUGGGCUCUGGAGGCUUGCUCGAGUGCACGGCCGACUGUGGCAACAAGGAUGGUGUGUAUGUGAUGAUGGCGGGCCGGGCGCUGGCCGGCUUCUUCGGGGGCACCAUGCCGGUCUUGAGGGCCUUCGUCACCGAGAUCUCCCUGCCGAACAUGGCACUUGUCAAGCUCCGGAGCACCAUUCUCUUUGCAUCGAUGCAGGCCGGCAACUUUGCGCUUGCUCCCAUUGCAGGGGUCAUCAGCCGCUUUGGCCUACAUUGGCCCUGGCAUGUCUCCACUGCCGUGGCUGUCUUCUGUUUCGUGUUCACUACAGUCUUCUUCACGAACGCCAAGGACGUCCGCUCGCAAGGGAAGAAGGCCGAUGCCGAGGAAGGGCAGGCAGAAGUUGUGCCUGCGGCGACAACGGUGCCCUUCGACGGCCCACCGCCUGCGAAGGACAAGAUCCUUCUGCUCAUGUUGCUGGCUUACUGGUGUAUAUUCCAAUGCGUUGCAGCACUGAUCUUGCUGCUGCCGCUGCUGCUGGAGUACGAGACCUUUGGGCUCAUGGACCCAAACUCUCUCGAGAAGUCUCGUGAAAGCUUGGCGGCCGCAACCUCCAUGGUCAUGGUGCCGCACGGAAUCGCGAACCUCGCGUCGUCCACCGUGGGCUUCCUCAUUGUCUCCUCGAAGAUCGGCGAUCGGGCGACCAUGAGGGUUGGCGCAACGCUGGGCGGCUCGCUGAUCUGCUGCUUUGGCUACGCGACCAGCGAGCUGUGGCACCUGCUGGUGUUGCACGGCUUCGUGGGCGUGGGCCUAGGGCUGAUGGUCCCUGCCAUCGCCCCCACACUCCAGCGCUACAACACCCUCGCGCACCCGGACAAGACCUCCCAGGCCGCAGCGCUGCCCCUCUUUGGUAUGCAGAUCGGCCAGAUUGUCGGCCCGCUGCUCUUUGGCCUGAUCACGGGAGAGGGCCGGGACCGGAGCCGGAUGAACCUCGCCUGGCUCGUGGCAGGCCUCAGCUUCCUGACGGGCAUGCUCCUGAUGGACUUCGUCUUCACGCUCAUCCAUCGGCACCCUGCCAUGAAGAGGCUGCAGUACACGCCGGAGCAGAUCAAGACCAUGCUCGAGACCAAUGCGCAGGAUGAGGAAAGCUUUGUGGACGACAUGUGCAAGCUGCUGCGCGGCAUGUUGACGCCGGGCAGCCCAGAAUACAGAGGGUUGAAGAUGUGGUCGGGAACCGCCCAGAGGUUCGUGGAACGUGUCCUCCGGGAGACCAUCCCAAAGAUGAGGGAAGAUCCGGAAGAGCACCUCGAGGACGUGGCAGCCUGGAUUGCCAAAGUCGGAACCGAUGCAGACCUGAACUUCUUCCAUGCCAAGUUCCCCCACAUCCCCCGACAACGAAGGUGGCAGAGCGAUGCCUAUGUGGGAGAGCACCAACUGGAGGAUGUCGCCCGCGCCUCAGAGCUCACCGCUUUGAGCUUUGCGCAGCCUCUGAGCCCCAGGCGCGGGCGACAUCAAAUCCAUCUGUUGCUGCGGCAAAGUGAGCCACAGGGCCUGAGCCGCAGUUUGCGUAAGUUUCCGCGUGUUUACGUCUUUUACGUCGUGCUGCGUCGAGCUGCAAGGCCCAACGAGGUCUAUAAUCAAGUCCCAUCAGGCUCCCUGAUCUUGGCCGAUGUUGCGUUGCCUUGCUCUCAGGCGCAGUAUUGCCCGUCAAUGUUCAGUGUCCCAACGUGGGCCGGAUCACCCUCUUGA